AAUUCCUCCACCUCAGCCUCCGCCAUUCUACACUCGGGCUCCCCAAGUCUCCGAGUCUCUCCUAUCGAUCCAUUCCUCGCUCACCCGCCGCGGGUCAACGCUUCAUCCCCAAACCCCUCAACAGCCAGCAACAAGUCCGCUUCGAGAGUCGCAGAUAUCGCAAUCACGUCAAAGAGUUCCAACAAUGGACAAUCACGCAGGAAGAUCUACACCAGGAUCCGGUGACGCUCGCGAAAAUCGUAAAAAAAGGAAUCUGGGCCGUUCGGAGUGGAGUCGUCAAACGAUAGAUAAACGCGCUCGCAACGAAGAGGAGCAGGAGGUCAAGCGCCAGAAACUCGAGAAUGGCGAGGAGGUGCAGGCGCCCGUCUAUGCGACGCAAUUCUCCCAGGAGGAUAUCGAGAAUGAGCAACGGCGGCCGAAGAAGAAGGUUGCAGUGUUGAUGGGAUAUUCCGGCACGGGGUAUAAGGGCAUGCAACUGAGCACCACCGAAAAGACCAUCGAGGGCGAAUUGUUCACGGCUCUCGUCGCCGCCGGCGCCAUCUCCAAGGCCAACGCCACGGAUCCGAAGAAGUCGUCGCUGGUGCGCUGCGCGCGCACUGACAAGGGCGUGCACGCCGCCGGAAACAUCGUGUCGCUGAAGCUGAUCGUCGAGGACCCGGACAUCAUCCAGAAGAUCAACGAGAAGCUGAGCCCGCAGAUCCGCGUCUGGGACAUCCUCGUCACCAACAAGUCGUUCAGCAGCUACCAGCUGUGCGACUCGCGCAUUUAUGAGUACCUGAUCCCCACGCACUGCUUCCUGCCGCCCCACCCGGGCACCUUCCUGGGCAAGCAGCUGGUCGAGUUCGCCGAGCAAGAAAACGACAUGGAGGGCUACCGCGCGCGCCAGGAAGAAGUCGCCGGGUUCUGGGAGGAGACCGACGAGAAGAUCAUCCGGCCGAUCCUCGAGAACACGCCCGAGGAGAUCCGCAAGCUCGUCGAGCAAGCCCUGCACAUGAACGAUGACCAAGACCCGGAACAAGAACCCACCCCCAAACCAUCGGACGAAACCACCACCACCACCACCACCACCACCACCACCACGACAUCCGAAACAACCUCCGCCGACGAAGCCCGCCGCCAACAGAUCAUCAGCACGGUGAAGACCAUCAAACAAGCCUACCUGAAAGCCAAGCGGGCGUACCGGAUCUCGCCGACCCGACUAGCACGCGUGCAGGCCGCGCUGUCCCAGUACGUGGGCACGAACAACUUCUGGAACUACACGAUCCAAAAGACGCACAAGGACCCGUCCUCGAAGCGACACAUCAAAUCGUUCAACGUCUCGGCCUCGUCGCCGCUCCUCAUCAACGGCACCGAGUGGCUCAGCCUUAAGGUCCACGGCCAGAGCUUCAUGAUGCACCAGAUCCGCAAGAUGGUCGCCAUGGCCGCCAUGGCCGUGCGCGCCGGCUGCGACCCCGCCCGCCUCAUCCGGGAGUCCUACGGUCCCACCAAGAUCGCCAUCCCCAAGGCCCCCGGGCUGGGCCUGCUCCUCGAGCGGCCGGUGUUUGAUGUGUACAACAAGAAGGCCGUCGAGACCAGCAAGCAGCCCAUCAACUUCGACAACUACAAGGCCACCAUCGACGAGUUCAAGCAGCGCGAGAUCUACGACCGCAUCUUCCGCGAGGAGGAGGAGACCAAUGCAUUCUCCGCGUUCUUCGGCCACCUCGAUCACUACUCCUCCAAGGAAUUCCUCUACGUCACCUCCGGCGGCAUCCCCGCCGCCAAGAUCACGCCCGUCCCCGGCGCCGUCGAGGAAGGGACCGCCACCGAUGCGAAUGCGGUGAAGCAAUCGCAGAAGGACGCCUUGGCGCAGAUCGAGGAUGAGUCCGAGGAUGAGGAGGGGGCGACCAAGGCGAAUAUCGAUCAGAGUGGUUGAGUUUGAAUUUGGGUGUUUGGCCCAAUCAAGGAGCUUGCGUGGGGCUCGAAAGGUUGGAAGGGUUUGAGAGGAGUAGAUGUAGACGCCUCUCCAAAGAAAAAAUAAAGAAUGAAUCAAACAAUAUAUAUAUAUAUAUGUCUUUUUCUACUUCUCUACUAAGAGUUCGGAGUUAGAUAUAUG